ACAUUCAGUGUUUGUGAGCGAGUUGAAGGAAAGAGACGCAAGUAAAGCUAGCUCGCAGGCUAGCUUAAUGUCCUGCCGUCUCGCAGAUGUGUCGAAAGUCACAGGAAUGGGCGGAAUGUGGGGGGUCCAAUACAUCAGAUUGGGAAUGGGGUUGUUUAUAAGUAACGCAGUUAUUGGACCGGUCGGUUCGGUGUCAGCGGAAGCAGCGUUGACCGAGAACCGGCUGCUGUGUAUCGGGGUGAACAACCAGAGCUAUUACUGCAAUUCAGGCUACUGCUGUGAAGAGUCUCAGUGCUGCAACAAUUUCUAUGAGGUUUGGUGGUUUUGGUUGGUCCUGACGCUCAUCGUCAUUCUGGCCUGCUGCUGCGUGUGUCACCACCGUAGAGCCAAACACAGACUACAGCAGCAACAACGGCAGCAUGAGAUCAACCUCAUCGCUUACAGAGAAGCCCAUAACUACACCUCCGUACCAUUCUACUUCAGGUUUCUGCCUGGCUACCUUUUACCACCGUACGAGGAAGUAGAGAACAGACCUCCGACCCCCCCGCCUCCAUACAGUGCCUCUCAGCCAGGCCAGUCCACCAGCACUGACCCUCUGUGUUCUGAUCCACCGAAUGAGCUCUGUUCUCCUCUGCAGUCCAGCCCUGUUGCCUCUGCAUCAGAGAACUCUUCCCCAAGACCCGGCAUGGAGCAGACACAUUCUCCCACCACGCACCGCCCUACCAGAAACACCCACAAACCAUACCUCAAUCUAGAAGAGGACGGGCAACUCCAGCAGGUUGCGUGUGCCACCUCACACAGCCUUGUAAAACAGGGUGGCAGCAGUGAGGAUCUGACAAAACCUGGAGAUCAAAGUUUGGACUGUUCUCCUGACAGCAAAGACAAGACUCCAGGGCGCCACAGGCGCUUCACAGGUGACUCUGGGAUUGAGGUAUGCGUGUGUAGUCAAGGGCCUGGAGACGAAGAGGAGAUGAAGGAGCUGGUAGGUCACAUAGACGGAGAGAUGCUUGAGGAGCAGGACUUCUGUGAUAGCUGUAACCCUCGCUGCAUUGGGCCUGGGGAUGAGGAGCAGGUUCCGGCCACGUCCGACGGGGCUCUGGAGCACAGAGAGAGUCAGCGGCCUCCCGUCAGCCUCCAUCUGCACACCAUCAACGAACAGGAGGGUCCACAUCAAGGCAACAAUAUGGAUCCGCAGAGUUGAGCACAAGCUGUUCCAGCAAAGACUCGCUUUAGACUCGUUUUUCCCUUUACUUUGUCAGUUUGUACUGUCAACAAUGUCACUGAGUAAACUGUGUGUGUGACGGUUUUAAGAGGGUGAAAAUGUGCGACUUCUACGGUUUGUAUGGAUUAUUUGUAUAAUCUUGUAAGGACAUUAAUAGGCGUGUUGCCUCGAGAGAGGUCAUGAUCAAAGCCACAGGGGAAAUUUUGUUCCUCGGUUUAUAGCCUUGCCGGGUUGAUCCACAGCUCACAAUGGUUUUGGAGGGCUGAUUUCCUCCCACGAAGAUAAAGAUAAGAGGUCAGGGUAUAUUGAUCUGUGGUUGUUUUGGUCACAUUCUUACCUUUAAUAUCGUUUUUAAAAUACUGCCCAUCUCAUAGGAGCAAGAUUACACCAUGUAAGAAAAAAGGGUAAAGACUGCCAUGGCAUACCAAAGAGCAGUCUACUAAAACUUCAGAACUUUAAUAGUUUGUUCUUAAAGGUCUUGUUUAUUUUUUUCUAAAUGUAUGAUCAGGAUUGUCAAUGCAUGAUGUUAUUCAGAAAUGAAGGAAAGGAAUAGUCUCAUUUUUUUUUGCUGGGUAUGGAUGUUUGCUUUUGCCUUGUUAUUGUAUUACGUGGUCUCAACUUUAUCUGAAAAGAUACCAUGUUUUGCAUGAUUAUUUGCAAACGGAAUAGAUCCACAAGCAGAAAUCCACAGUUGUCAAAUACCACAUGCUGUGAAGUUUAUUAUGCAAAGACUCGUUAACUUUAAUGAAGGCUGAAAAUAUAUUUGUACAUAGACCUAGCUUGUUUAUUAACAAUAGGUGCCUUUGUUGAUUUCCAGUAGUUCAUAUGCCUUAAAAAGUACAAUUGUGUGUGUGGUCAGAUUUUUGCAUAGAUUAAUCAAGGACCAAUGAUGAGUAAACAGUUUUGAUCAAUGGUAACUUCUUGUUUGAGAGGAUCACUUGAUAAGCCUUCCAUCGAAACAUAUCAUUUAUGUUUUGCCUUAAUUUAAUUUCUUGAUUCUAGUGCAAGUUGUUUUUGUAUCUUAACACUGUAAGGGAACUCUUGCACCACUAAUAGUAAGGUGAGUUAUGUAUAGACUAAUACAUAGAAUAAGCUUUUAAUGUGUUUAUUGUAGCAGAUCAGGUUAUGUUAGUAUUUUUUACAGCGGUAACACUUAACAAUGAGUUGCUAUUUGUUAACAUUAGUAAAUGCAUUAGCUAACAAUUAACUAUUUCGUUUUUCAGUAUUUAUUAAUCGCUGUUAAUGUUAGUUCAUGUCAAUAUUUUGUUUGAAAAUGUUUGAUUUUCAAACAAUGUUUGAUUUUAAUACUGUAUUAAUAAAUGCUGAAAUUAACAUGAAGUAACUUUGAUAAAUGCUGUAUUUGUGUUGUUCAUUGUUAGCCAAUGCAUUUACUAUGGUCAACAAAUAGCACCUUAUUGUGAAGUGUUACCAUUAGCACUUAUGUUUGGUUAAUAAUGAGAUGGACUGUGUUUCUUUGUGUGGCAGUGAGACUGCCUUAAGCUGCUCCACUGCAUUCCUCACACUGUCCGUGUGUUUGGAUUAGCAGUUAGUUUUCCUGCGAUGUCUCAAGAGCUAAAUGUAAAUGGGGGGGGGGCUAAUUUUCUUUAAAACACACAGCAGUUAAAUUUGGUUCCUACUGCGUUGGCUGGAAAUACUGGUUCUGGAGGUGGAUUCCAACAUAGACUCUGUGCCUUUGGAAAAUUUAUGUAGCAGUAUUGUCGGACUAACCCCUACAUAGAGAAAGUGUGGACCUUGAAUCAUUUGGACCGGUAAUUACAUCAUAAAUGCAUUUAUUGUAAUACUGAUUUCUUUGGCCAAAGAUUGAAGCCAUCUGUUCCAGCAUGGUGCUCAUGUAGUCUAUUCUCUAGCUCUCUCUAGAUCCCAAUUGUUUUCUUUACUGUUUGAGACCAAAGUUGUUUAAAAGUGGAAAUCUGAGUCACAGUUUGGGUUAGCUUGCUGUAAACAAGUUGUUUGAUUGUCAUUGCACUGUUUUGACACUGAUGCAGUGUGAUUGUGUGAUUUAAGGUGAUGAAGGCUUUGCAAGCCAAUUGCUAUCAUUUCUUAAGCUUUGAUUUUAAGCCUGGUACUACGUUUUAGUUUUGUAUCUGUAGUCACUUUCUUUUUCUAUAUAAAACUGUAUUUUCUGCAUUUUAUAAAGACUCAACCAAAACAUGAUUAUGUUCCAUAUGGAUUAAAAAAUCUUGUAAUUUAAAAAGUCAAUAAAUUAGUUCUGUUACUUAUUCUCAUCCAAAA